GCAGAGAGCCGAGUAGCAUUAGCAUCGCAUUCUGGCCACGAGCCAUUUUCGUUGUUGGUGUUUGUGUUGCACGUUGUGCCGACGUUUUUCGUGUGACAGCCGCGCGUUUUGCCGACGCGUUUUGAAUCGCCCAGUUGAAAAGAGUUUGGAGCUAAGACGCAGGGAUACAGCCAGGAUGUGCUGAGUGGCCAAAAGAAGAGACACCUAGACAUGCCGCAAAGAACUCCCAGUCCCGCUAAUUCGGAUGUUUCGGUGGGUUCCCCCAGUCCGCCGCCCCUGAGAUCGUUGAAUAUGAAACGAUUGCGGCUUUUGAGGAGUCCUGUUAGCCUGCAAAAUGACCGUCAAAAGUCAUCACCCGUCAAGGUCAAGAGCUUUUCCAUAGCCGAUAUCCUGGGGCGCGGGCAUGAAGAGGAUCGUGUGGAGAAGAAGCCGGAGAGAAAUGCAGUCCCCAAUGCUCCACCAGGAGUACCUGCUCCCCUGGUGCUGAUCAACGAGAGAUUGCAAAUGCCCGUGGUGCCGAACUGUCCGCCACCGGCUGCACUACAUACAUUUUUGUCGCCCGCUCUUCUCCACAGCUACGAGCAGCGACUGGCCUGGGACUACCAGCGCCAGCUGCAGGAGCACUUCCAGGCACAGGCGCAACUCCUCCGCCACAUGACCCUGAAUCCCGCGAUCAUCGCCUCCGAGGACGACAGCUCCGAGCGUUCCCAGCGAUCGAGCAGCAGCAAUGGGAGCACCGAGUGUUGCAGUCCUAGACAGGCGGAAAAACUGGAAAAACGAUCCCAAGGGGACAGCAAAGAGGUCCUACAGAAGUCGCCGGAGGAACAGCCAAAGGGAGUGAGCAAAUCAAGUGGGGACACUCCCUUGGACGCCCUCUUCCAGCUGUCCACCAAGAACUUUGACGAGGAGCAGGAUCCCGCAACGUUGAACAUAUUUGCCACGCGCUCCAAUCCCAAGAAGAAACGCAAGUCCCGCACCGCAUUCACCAACCAGCAGAUCUUCGAGCUGGAGAAGCGCUUCCUGUACCAAAAAUACCUAUCGCCAGCGGAUCGCGACGAAAUUGCCGGCGGCUUGGGCCUCUCCAAUGCACAGGUCAUCACUUGGUUCCAAAAUCGAAGAGCCAAACUUAAGCGUGACAUGGAGGAGCUGAAGAAGGACGUGCAGUGCGAGAAAAUACCCGACCAGUCAGCAGAUCCCAAUCGCUCGCACCACCACCAUCCACAUCACCACCAGCACCACCAGCCACACAUGCAGAGCAUAGGAUCGGAUAAGGAUCAGGAAAAGAGUCGGGAGAAGGACAAGGAUAAGGAUAAGGAGGAGCUGCGCAUGCUGAAACUCAUGACCCUGAUGCGCUAUUCAGAUGGCAAGUUGCUAUAUCAGCAACCACCGGCACCGUAUUUGACCAUUUCUCACAGACAAAACACUGAGUAGCCUAAGUUGUAAAAUAUUGAAAAUAACGCUUUUAUAUGCAUAUAUUUUGCCAAAAAAAACGCUUUGUUUGAAAGGAAAUGGCCAAGUUCUGUUGGUUUAAUUAAUCCAAGUAUUACACUUCCACUACACUUAUGUAUGAAAUGCACUGCGCAACCACCUAUAAAAUAAAACGUUUGAAAAUGUGUAUGAUAAA